CCUCUUGUUUCCGCUGCGUGUUUUAUCACUUGUGUCUUAAAGAUGCCGGAACCAGCGAAGUCCGCUCCAGCUCCGAAGAAAGGCUCCAAGAAGGCGGUGACUAAAGCUCAAAAGAAGGACGGCAAGAAGCGCAAGCGCAGCCGCAAGGAGAGCUACUCUGUUUACGUGUACAAGGUGCUGAAGCAGGUCCAUCCUGACACUGGUAUUUCGUCCAAGGCUAUGGGCAUCAUGAACUCCUUUGUCAACGACAUCUUCGAACGUAUUGCAGGCGAGGCUUCACGCCUGGCGCACUACAACAAGCGCUCGACCAUCACCUCUAGGGAGAUCCAGACUGCUGUGCGCCUGCUACUGCCCGGGGAGCUGGCCAAGCACGCCGUGUCCGAGGGCACCAAGGCCGUCACGAAAUACACCAGCUCCAAGUAAACUUGCCAAAAACGUGUCCCGCCUGUUCCUUCUCGCCGCCCUCCACACCUUGCACGCCUCCGCCGGGGA